CUCUAUAGAAUAAACUGAAUCCUUUUGAUGAACGGCCAUCUCACUUGAAAGUCUUCACCGGAGCUAAUUUUCCGGCAUUAAUGUCUACUUUCUUCAUCAUCUUCAUCUUCAUCCUCAUAUCAUCAUCUUCUUCAAACUCUCAUCAUCUCUCUCUCAAAACCCAAGCUUCAAUCCUACUUUCUCUCAAACAAGAAUUCAAAAUUCCCAAUUCAUCUUUAGAAACCUGGAACAGUUCCAAUUCCAACUCCAUCUGCUCAUCUUGGGUCGGCGUUAAAUGCAAUCCCAACAACAAUUCAAUCAUCUCCAUCGACAUCUCCAAUCAAAAUAUCUCAGGCACUCUCUCUCCUAUCAUCACCUCUUUAACAUCUCUCAUUAAUCUCUCUGUUUCUGGAAAUACCCUCUCCGGCGAAAUCCCUUUCGGUAUUCAUAACCUAUCAUCUCUCAGAUUCCUCAACAUAUCUAAUAACAAUUUCUCUGGAAGUUUGAAUUGGGAUUUCUCUCAAUUGCCGGAGCUUGAAGUUCUUGAUGCCUAUAACAAUGGGUUCACCGGCAUGCUGCCGGUGAACGUCACCCAUCUUAAGAAUCUCAAGCAUCUGGAUUUUGGUGGGAAUUAUUUGUCGGGUUUUAUACCUCCGAGUUAUGGAUGCUUGGCGCCGGGUUUGAAUUUUUUGUCUUUAACCGGAAACGAUCUUGAAGGAUUCAUACCUGGCGAGCUUGGGAAUCUUACUAACUUGGAGAAGCUUUUUCUGGGUUAUUAUAAUAAGUUCUCCGGUGGGAUUCCGACGGAAUUGGGAAAUCUAACAAAUUUGAUUCACUUAGACCUCUCUAGCUGUGAACUCAGUGGUUCAGUUCCGGCUGAAUUAGGUAAUCUGAAGAAGAUGGAUACUCUGUUUCUACAAAUGAAUCAGCUCAGUGGGUUUAUUCCUCCUCAGUUGGGGAAUCUAACAAGCUUGAAAUAUCUCGACCUUUCAAAAAACGUAUUGACAGGGGAAAUCCCACCUGAGUUUUCAGGUCUGGAGAAACUCACCUUAUUGAACCUGUUCAUCAACCAGCUUCACGGCGAGAUUCCGGCGGCCAUUGCUGAACUUCCAAGGUUAGAAGUGGUUAAUAUAUGGCAGACCAAUAUAACUGGAUCCAUCCCUUCAAAUCUGGGACACAGUGGUAAUCUUAGAGAACUCGACCUUUCUAAAAAUAGACUCACCGGAGUAGUGCCGGAAUCUCUCUGUUCCGGCAAGAGGUUGAGAAUCUUGAUCCUGUUUAACAAUUUCCUCUUUGGACCUCUGCCGGACGAUUUGGGGAAUUGCAGAAGUCUUGAAAGAGUUAGGCUGGGGCAGAAUUAUCUAAGUGGGUCGAUACCAAAAGGGUUUCUUUACUUGCCCGAGCUCUCUCUAAUGGAGUUGCAAGACAAUUACAUAACGGGAGGUUUCAACAAAGAAGAAGAUCAAAUCCCGCCGUCAAAGCUUGGUCUUCUCAAUCUUUCGAAUAACCGUUUGUCGGGUUCUCUUCCAACUUCAAUUGGAAACUUCUCAAGCUUGAAAAAUCUUCUUUUGAGUGAAAACCGGUUAUCUGGAAUCCUUCCAUCUGAAAUAGGAAGGCUAACGAACAUCUUGAAGAUAGAUAUAAGCCGGAAUAAUUUAUCCGGCGGAAUCCCACCGGAGAUCGGCAACUGCGUCUGUCUAACAUAUCUAGAUUUGAGUCAAAAUCAUCUUUCUGGUCCGAUUCCAUCUCAAAUAGAGAAAAUUCGAAUACUGAAUUAUUUAAACAUCUCGUGGAAUAAUUUGAACCAGAGCCUUCCAAAGGAAAUCGGGACGAUGAAGAGCUUGGCCUCUGCAGAUUUCUCUCAUAACAACUUCUCUGGAGAAAUACCACAAACAGGGCAAUUUUAUCUCUUCAAUUCCACUUCAUAUUUAGGCAACCCUUUUCUAUGUGGAUCAUCAUCAUCAUCGUGCAACUUUGAUCUGAACGAUCACAAUUCCAAUCCCAAUCAGAAACCCAGAAUCCUUGCAAAAUACAAAUUAUUAUUUGUACUUGGACUCGUACUCUCUUCAUUGAUCUUCUCCUUCCUGGCAAUCUUCAAAGUACAACAAGUAAGGAAGAAGCCAAAUCCAUGGAAGUUAACCGCUUUUCAAAAACUAUCUUUCCGAACAGAUGACAUCCUCGAAUGUCUAAAAGAAGAAAACAUAGUUGGAAGAGGAGGAGCAGGAGUUGUUUACCGAGGAACAAUGCCAAAUGGUGAACAAGUAGCGGUUAAAAAGUUGUUAGGAAUCAACAACGACAAUGGUUUCUCUGCCGAAAUACAAACUCUCGGGAAAAUCCGACAUAGGAACAUUGUACGUUUGCUCGCGUAUUGUUCUAACAAUGAAACGAAUCUACUCGUUUACGAGUACAUGGUAAACGGUAGUCUUGGGGAAGCCCUUCACGGGAAAGGCCAAGGAGAGUAUUUGAGUUGGGAUCUUCGGUUGAAGAUAGCAAUUGAAUCUUCAAAAGGGUUGUGUUAUCUCCACGACUAUUGCUCGCCAAUGAUAGUUCAUCGAGAUGUUAAGUCGAACAACAUAUUGUUGAACUCUGAUUACGAGGCUCAUAUUGCUGACUUCGGAUUGGCCAGGUAUCUUCGAGAGGGCGGGAGUGGGACUCACACUUCCGAGUGCAUGAGCGCGAUCGCGGGCUCAUAUGGUUACAUAGCUCCGGAGUAUGCCUACACUUUGAAAGUUGAUGAGAAGAGCGAUGUUUAUAGUUUUGGAGUUGUUCUGUUAGAACUGCUAACGGGGCGAAAGCCGGUUGGGGAGUUUGGAGAAGGGUGGGAUAUCGUGCAAUGGGCGAAGAGGAAUAAGGAGGAGGUUGAGAAGGUAUUGGAUGAGAAGAUGGUGAAAAAGAAGGAGGUGGUUGAGGAAGCUAAGCAAGUGUUCUUUGUAGGGUUGUUAUGUGUGCAAGAAGAGAGUGUGGAGAGACCAAACAUGAGAGAAGUGGUUCAAAUGUUGGCACAAGCUAAACAAUCCAGUUCAUUUCAACUUCAAUGAUAAUAUGGAUUGAUGAUAAUAGUAACAAUUGUGUAGUGUGGGUGAGUUUGGUUAUUUGUUUGUUUGAUCUCUAUUUUUUGUGAAGACAACUAUUGUAUUGAUAUGUACUUAAUGGGUUUAGGGUUUUU